GUACCUAAGUAAAUAAAUUGCAAUAUAAUUUAUUACUGUAGAAGGUGCAAUUGAGAUUAAUUUAAAUUAUUUGUGCUGGUGUAGAAAUACGAAAAAAUAGAGUCGAAAUAAUAAUAAAAAUUUAUUAUAAUUGGUGUAGAAAUGGGUGAUGUCGAGGAAAAUGAUUAUGUUAAUGUGCCUAAAUAUGGAUUAAAAAAUAAUUUGGACCAUGUAUAUCCUGAGUUUAGAAAAGGGAAUUAUAAACCUUGUUUUCGGAUUAUAUGGGAAAUGCUGCCUUUCUUUAUAAGGUAUCUCUGGUAUUAUAUUAAAGCCCAAUUUACCGGAAAAUCAAUUGUUAUGGAUGGUUUAUAUCCGUUAACAUCCAAACAAUGUUACGGAGUCCCUAUGGGGGGUAUAGGCAGUGGAACAAUAGGCAGAGGAUUCAGGGGGGAAUUUUUACGAUUUCAGUUAAAACCAGGCCUCUACGAGCACAAUACAGUUGAUGCUAAUCAGUUCAUUAUUACAAUUAAAGAUGAUAAAGAUCAGACUAUUUUUCACAGUCUUUUGUCUACUAAUAAAAAAAAAGGUUUACGUGAUUGGACUAGUACACUUGAUGGAAGUAGGUGUAAAUAUACAGGGUUGUACCCAAGAAGUUGGACUGAAUAUGAUUUAUCAGAGUAUGGGGUUACUUUAAAAUGUAGACAAGUUAGUCCUGUUAUACCACACAAUUAUAAGGACAGUUCCAUGCCUUGUGCAGUAUUUGUUUGGGACAUUGUUAAUGUUUCAGAAAGUCAGAGAACUGUUACCAUAGCUUUAACAUUUAAAAAUGGGACAGGGACCAAAAAACAGGAUGGGGAAUCGAUAUCAAGUUCGAAUGCAUUUUCUUUUGGCGAAUCUUCAGGGGUGAUUCUACACCACACGGUCAACAAAAUGCCUUGCACUUACGCCCUAGCGGCCAAAAACCGUACCGGGACAAAAUUAACGCGUUGUCUGUACUUCGACCCGAACUCAAACGGUUCUAAACCAUGGUUACAGCUAAAAAAUCAAGGGGAAUUCGAGGAGAGGUGCGACGGUCAACGCUACGGAGAAAUGGCCGUGGGAAUUGCUUGCAAGACGGCCUUGAAAUCCAAGGGCAGCGCCCAGUUGCAGAUGGCGCUGGCGUGGGACAUGCCUACUGUGACUUUUCCAAAGGGCGGUAAAAAGUACAGGAGGUUUUAUUCGGAGUUUUUUAAGAAGGAGAACGCCUCAUUGUACAUUGUUGAGUAUGCAUUUGAGAAUUUUAGAGAUUGGGAGAAACAGAUUUACGAGUGGCAGGCUCCGGUUUUGAAUAAUGAGAGCCUCCCUGACUGGUACAAAUCGGCUCUAUUCAACGAAACUUACUUUAUCAGCGAUGGCGGUAGCGUAUGGGUAUCGCCAUCUAGCGAAGAAAUAAAAGAAUACAAGGAUAAUGAUCCAAGAAAAACUGUAGGAAAAUUCUUAUAUCUUGAAGGACAUGAAUAUAGAAUGUUUAACUCUUAUGAUGUGCAUUUCUACGCCUCUCAUGCUCUAUCGAAAAAUUGGCCACAACUUCAAAAUGCAUUACAAUACGAUUUAAGAGACGCCGUUUUUAUGGAUAUACCCGAUAAAGUUUACAUGCUGUACGACGCGGAAACAGUGCCAAGAAAAGUGCCCGACACUGUACCUCACGAUAAUGGAGACCCAGGUGAGGAACCUUGGUUGCUCCCAAACGCGUAUCCAAUCCAUGAUGUGGCAACCUGGAAAGACCUAAACUCAAAGUUUGUUCUUCAAACAUACAGAGACGCCAAAGUGUCUGGAAAAGGUGAAUUGGACAAAAAUUUCGUGACUGAUAUGUACGACGCGUGCUAUAAAGUCAUGAUAGAACUGCAAAAGUCCGAUAAAGACAACGAUGGUCUUGUAGAAAAUGCCGGGAAACCUGAUCAGACUUUCGAUGUAUGGGUCAUGUCCGGACCAAGUGCAUAUUGCGGCGGUCUGUGGUUGGCAGCGUGUUAUGUAAUGACCAUAUUUGCAAAAUUACUAAACAAAGAAUGUGAUAGACUUAGAUUUCAAAACAUAUUAGAUAAAGGAAAGGAAAGUUUUGAGAAAAUACUGUGGAAUGGUGAAUAUUAUAAUUUUGACACGUCCAAAAAAGAAAGCACUGCCAUAAUGGCUGACCAAUUGUGUUUCCAAUGGUAUUUGAGAUGUUGCGGCAUACAGGACUAUCCAAUUAUAUCUAAAGAGAAUAUUAAAAAAUCCCUGAAAACAAUUUUCCAAAACAAUGUACUAAAAUUUAGUAAUGGCGAUUUGGGAGCUGUAAAUGGUUGGAUUAAUGGAAACAUUGAUCCAACAGCUGUACAAAGUUUGGAGUCUUGGACUGGAGUAACUUACGCCUUGGCAGGGCAUUUAAUUUUUGAGGGCAUGUACAAUGAGGGCUUUAAAACUGCAGGAGGCAUGUAUAAGUCGAUGCGCGAUAAAUUCGGCUUAUCCUUUGAUACACCUGAAGCUUUAUACGAAAAAGGGUAUUAUAGAUCUAUAGGGUAUAUGAGACCCUUAAGUAUAUGGUCUAUGCAGAUGGCCAUUGAGGAAAAAGAAAAGAUGGGAGAAAAAAUAUUAGUAUGCAAAUAAAAAAAUCUGUACCUUGCCUUGCUUUUCCCACUAAAUUAUUCAAUUAUAACUGUUUUUUUUAACCACAA